AUGAGUGAUUGCAUGAAAGGGACCUUCGGUCGAAGGAAAACAUGUCAACAACAAUAAAAGGGCCUAAUGCAAACAGCGGCCAAAUAAAUAAAUAAAAAUCUCAGCAUAUGGAGCACACAAUGAGAACAUGCAAAGAUAUAAAACUGCAAGUGCAACAGAGAAAAAAAAUGAUUUCACUGCACGUCUACCAGUCGUGCUCAAGGGACCAAUACUAGAAAGGGACGAACCAUUAUAAAGUUUACAAUAAUAUAAGCAGAAAGAUGGGCAUCAAAAAUUUGACAGUAACAAGAUGUGAAGCUUCCCGUAUACUGUUCGCUAUGCCAUCCCUCUCAUGCUUAAUUUGGCAGUUUUCCUUGUACGGGUUAUAUCUUGAUCAACCAUACUUCUGCCAAUUAUGCAUUACCUUACCAGAAAGACCUGGUUGUCUAUAUUCAUGACCUUCAUCCAAACUUUUCUUCCUGCUCACCGCCCAACACAUGUCAGCUUGCAUCCUAAUCCACAUGUUAGCUUCUUCUCAUUAUAUACGCAAUGCUUUCACCAAUCCAGGGAUUGCAAAAAUUCCUGACAGAUUGUUAAUUGCUGAACAAAAUACAUUACUCAUACAAUGAUGCAAUCAGAUUAACAAUAGCCAUGGAUAAACCUCAGGACAGAAAAAUAAAAGCAUAAUUAUUGAUCACUUGGGAUUAUGAUUGCUACUCUAGUAGAAUACAGGUGCAUGUACCCAGAGGCCAAGUACUUUUCAAUGUACAUGGUAACACAAGACAAAUCUCGUCCAGAAGCGUAAACUAAUAUCAUGCUUUCUAGUCAAAUACUACCUCUGCAACUUAAUAUAAGAUGUUUUUUAACACUAUGACAGUGUCAAAAAACGUCUAAUAUUAAGUUACGGAGGGAGUAUUAACUUGGCCAUACGCUUGCAUGGUCCUUGCAGACAUAGUCCCUACUCAAUUCACAGUUUCACACUCACAGGAAAGACCACUGAAAAAUGGUACACUGGCCCCUUAGAUUUCUACAAAGUUCAGGCAACAUAUAUAAUAGUUCGAGCUAAAAGGAACAAAAAGUGGUGUACUCGAUAAUCUGCAUUAGAGUGUAUAUGCAUGAGAAGCGCCCACAAAGAAAACCGCAUAAAUAUGGACAUUGCUUGAGCAAGAAACUUCUGAGAACUAACACCAAUGAUGAUGCUUCAGGAAAGUUGGAGAAAGUCUAUUCAACCAGACCAGGCUUUCAGGAAUCGCUUUAUGUGGAGAGAGCCUGCAGUGAUUCCAUUGUAAAGAAACUCUUGAACCACCACACCUACUGCAUCCUUCUCCUUGCUUCUUAGCUUGGCUUACCAUCUUCUCUAAAACAACCGUGCUCUGCCCCCCAAUAUAAGUACUCACCUGCUGGCCAAACAAGAUGCUAGAAGCCAGGUAGACACUGAAACAGGAGUUUGGGCAGAGUAAUAGGGCCACCUCUCUUUGGUCUGUGUGCAGUAUCAAGCGAAAUGGACAACAGCAUGCCUGUAGUCAGUAAGAUGUAUUGCUCAAGCACUCCAGCAGCGCUGAUGAUCAGGAGAAGACCCAUGGUAGUGAAUGGCGGUGGUUUUGUUGUUACUGACUUUAGUCAUAAUGUUGUUUUCAUUGUGGAUGGUUGUGGUAUACUUGGAUCUAAGGGGGAGCUCAUGGUGAAAGACAGUGAUGGAGAACAGAUACUAUUCAUUUCUAGAAAGGGAGGAAUUGUACAGGCUCUAAGCACGCGGAACAAAUGGAAUGGGUACUCAAUGGAUUACCAAGGGAAAAACAAGUUGGUCUUUAGCCUAACUGAUCCCAAAUCAUGCAUAGCAAAAGGUGCACCGGUUAGAAUUCACAUUGAACCAAAGAGGCACUGCAAUAAUUGGGAUUUCGAGAUCUGUGGAUCUUUUGCAGAUAGGAACUGCACAAUAAUUGAUUGCACUGGAAAAAUAGUGGCGCAGAUGGGGAAGAAAGAGCUGAUAGAAAGUAAUGACUUCUACCACGUGACAGUGCAGUCAGGAUGUGACCAGGCUUUUAUCAUUGGGGUGAUGGCAGUUCUUGACAACAUCCAUGGAGAAUCCACCAGAUGUUAAUAAAAUGAAUGGGUGAAUUUGCUCACUUACAGCACCUACUUUAGUCUUGAAGUAGAGGUCAAACGAAUGUAUGUCCACUGGCAAGUGACAACAUCCCACUGUAUCAGGCUAUCAGCUACACUGUAUAUUAGAUUUAGCCAGUUUUCAGAAGUUAGCAAGUGAUUAAUUGAUGAUGUAGUAGUGCCAGUUUAUUAUAUGAGCUUAACAUGUGUGCUGCUCAAUUAUGUCUUUGACAAACAGUGGUACACACA